UGUGAAAUUGGAAAUCGUAAACAAACCUAAAGCUUAAUAUUGCCUGCCAGUUGAAAUUGUAAUUUUUGGGCUAUUUAAGUAAAUUGCUUUAUAAAUUUGGUAACAUUUAAAAGUAAGAAUCCAUCUACGAAGUACCUUAUAGAAUAGAACACAACAUGACAGCCAAAGCCAUCGAAGACAAGAGCUCAGAAGCUGACUAUGACCUAGAGUCGGAGAUCGACGACCACUUGAGGCGCCUUUUCUAUAUAAAACCGAAAGGGGAAUCACCCAAAUGCAAACCCUAUAUUGUGGAGUUCUUCGGCGUGCUCAGCUUGACCGACUUGCGGGCUCCGGAGCGCAAACUCUGGGUCAUAUACCACUGCAAACAGCCAGAAUUGGACAAAACCGUGGAUGAGAUCCACCAGAAAUAUGGCAAAAAAAACAUGUUCGACCUGUACCGGAAGCCAGUGUUCAGUGGUGCUGCUCUGCGGGCCAGCGUGAAGAAGCACUUCGCUGAGCUAAAGUGGUUUACCACUGGCAACCUGCUGGAGGCACCGCCUAAGAGCCAUUUCAACGACGAGCGAGUCGUCAAGACCAUUUCAGAUCUGCAUCACCUGGAACAGCAGCGGCUUUAUAACUAUGUUAUGGUGAAGAAUAUGUGGUUCAAACGGUAUCACACGUAGUUCUUGACUAACCCUGUGAUUUAGCUUUAACUUGUACAAAAUAUAUGUUUUCUAAAAAAGUAACAAA